AUGAUUGUCUCUCCAUCCAACGACAAACUCAAUAUUAUUCCCUCGAUGAGGAUAAAGAAUAUCAACUUGUCUAAUAUAUCCUCGCCAAACUCGUUGUCUUGUCCUUCAUCUCCCAGCUCAACAAGCUAUAGCGCCAACCUAGCUGGCGGAUCAUACACUAGUGGAGGAGUCAACUACAACUUCAGCCUCAGCACACCACCCUUCUCAUCAGUGCCAUCAUCUGGCAUUAACAACAACAUCAACAACAAUAACUACAGCCUCAUUGGACAAACAAUGUCUGGCAUUGGAUCAUCAUCAGGCCUAAGCUCUCCAUCAAGGAAGCAGGCUCAACUCUACAAGGACUUUUGCGCCAGAUAUCUGACGCUGUCGUCCCUAACAAUCCGUCUGUCAUCAUCACAAGAGUUGGUCACUAUUUCCGAAGCACUCAAACUUCGCCACUCAAUCUCCACAUUGAAUCUAAGCCAUAACAAGUCUAUCAAGGACUUGGAUGCCUGGAUUGCAUUUGGCUUCGCCCUGAAGAUGCCCUCGCAGACCAUCACCAACCUGGACCUCAGCCACAACUACUUGGGUGCAGAAGGCCUGUCUCCUAUUAUAUCGGACGUUAUCCGCGCCAACAAGAGUCUGACCUGGUUGAACCUCAGCUUCAACAGUCUGGACCAAGACGAGAACCACUCCAUACUGGAGGCCCUGGUGGCCAACCAGACCAUCACCCAUUUGGACCUAUCAUACAACGAGUACCAGCUGUCCUCCGAUGUGUCAAAGCGUCUGUGUAACUACAUCGCCACGUCCAAGUCGAUAGCAACCCUCAACUUUAACAACAAUAGUACUCGCAACCCACUCCGCGGACUGCCUGCCGCCAUUAAAGCCAACACAUCUCUAAAGUGCCUUGACCUCAGCUCUAUGACCUUUGCCGACUCUGAUGCCCACGAUCUGCUACGUGCUUUGCUAAACUCUCCAACAGUCGAGUCAAUCAAGCUGUUCCACAGUGUGUUGUCCACAUGUAAUAUGCCAUUGGGUGAUCGCAUCACCGAGGCACUGGCCCUUCGCUACCAAGAGCAUGACUUGAUUGAAGAUGAGAAGCUGCGCGACUCUCUUCAGGGCAGUCCACGUUCAUCCACACUGUGCGAGAUCCAUCCCCUGACCUACUUGAACAUUGGAGGCAUCAACUUUGGUCGCAAGGGCUUCGCCGCUUUCCUUGACAUCUUUAGUCGCAACCAAGAUAUUGACAACCUGGACAUAAGUGCCAACCAAUUGAACGAGGCAAAUGGUGAGGAGCUGGCCAACUUUAUCCAACUCAACGAGUCCAUUCGCACACUCAACAUUAGCAACAACGGCCUCUACGAAAAGACUGUGGCCAUUGCCGACGCACUCAAGAACAACCACUCCAUCACCAACCUCAACAUGUCCAACACUCGCUCUUCCAACCUCAUUGGCAAGGUACUGGCUCGUGCGCUGCCACUCAAUCAGACACUGACCGUCCUGGACAUCUCGCGUACCAAGUUGGGUCCUGGUGGCCUACUUGACUUUGCUUUGCAACUUGGACUCAACAAUAUCAAGCUUGAGUACCUCAACUUGGACGAGACCGACCUGGGUGAUCGUGGCACCGCCCUCAUAGGUGAAGCGUUGCUCACCAACACAACACUCAAGCACCUGUCACUCAACACCAACUCGAUCAAGAAGGACGGCGCCAAGAGUCUGGGCAAGGCUCUCAAGAAGAACACAACACUACAAACUCUCCAACUUGGCUACAAUCAGAUUGAUGUUGGUGGUCUCAAGUCCAUUGCCAAUGGUCUGAAGAUCAAUACCAAGCUGAGUGAGCUAUCGAUCAAGAACAACUUCAUCCCAGACAAGGGUGGAGUUCAGCUGGCCGAGUCGCUCAAGAACAACAGGACACUGGAGGUGCUCAAUCUGCAUGGCAACUUGUUUGGCAACAAGUGUGGCAUGGCCAUCCUCAAGUUGCUCUCCCACAACCACACUCUGAUCACAGUCGAUGUGUCUCACAAUCAGAUCGAGAAGGAGCUGCAACAAGAGAUUGGUGCUGCCUAUCGCAGGAACCAGUACAUCACCUCAAUGAACAUCAGCCAGAGUGAGAUGGAGUCAAUCACAGACAGCCCACGCUUCUUUGCCAGCCCCAACAGUGCCAUCCAUCCGAACUACAGCACCGACUCACUCACACACAAUCAGAUCAAGUCAUUCCUGGCCAAGGGUCACCUGUCGCCUACGCUAUCAUGCUCAUCUUUGCCCAAUAUGGCCAUUGCCACGUCUUCAACGAUGCCAGCAUCUGCACUGCCCUCGCCCACCUCACCACCUAUGUCGACAUCGUUCUCUGCGUCCUCAAGCUCGCCAUCGUCUUCCCCUACCACCAGCCACCUACAGUCAUCAUCCUCUCCCUGCCUGACGGAUGGACAUAAGCAGCCCUCACUCAUGCGUCGCCAUGCACCCAUCCGCAAGGAGAUGUCAAUGACAUCGAUACUCAGUGGACGCGGACCACUCGCCGCCAGUGCACCUGCCAUCACACAACAUACCCAGUCAACUGGCAACUGUUCACCAUAA